AUGUCUGGUAGCCUUAAUUUGACGUUGGCCCAACAUAAGCUUAUGAAGGACGCGGGAGCUUACUGGGAAGACAUCUCGCACAUUAUAAACUCACUGGGGGGAAUUCAAGAGUGCUCAUUUGAGAGGGCUCUGGCUCUUACCCAGUUUCGUUGGAAGCAGGAGUGCUCUAACGAUCCUGACACUAUCGCACUUCGUCUCCGGCAAGAAGUUGAAAAGUACACAGCCAAAUUAGAUAAACUUGCAGCUGAGUCUCGUGUCAGCACAAACAAAGACGCCAGCAUCACUGAGCGUCAGCGUGGUCCCGAUCGUGACAAAGAAGCUGCCAAGACGCAGCAGCAGACCAACACAUAG